AUGAGACCAAUAUAAACAGCAUAAAAAGGUUUAGUUACUGGAAUAAAAGUAUGGAAAAAUAAAUAUAUAUAUAUAAAUAAUAAUUUCAUAUUUAUUUAAAUUUUAUUUAAAAAAAAGGGUGAUGGAGGUUUUUAAGGAGUAGGAGUACCUAAUUUAAAAAUUAUUGAAAGGCCAGUAACUAAAGAUGGAAUGACAGGAAUGAGUACAAAACCUUAAAGUUAAGGAAGGGUUUAUUAAGAUAAAGGAUAUUUUAUGAACAUUUUAAGAUAAAAAACAUCUGAUAUAAUAGACUAAAUAAAAAAAUUUAAAGAAAAGGUUGAAUAAAUUUAGCAAGAUAAUUAGACUUAUAACAAUCUAUAAAAGAGAUUUGAUGAAUUAAUUAAAUAAGUAAGAAGCUUGGAAGGUUAAUUAGCUGAUUAUAAUCUUGCUUUUGAUAAAUAAAGAAGUUAAACAAGACCAGAAGAAAUAAGAAAUAUGUAUGAACAUAUAAAAUUUUAGAACUAAAGAUAGGCAGAAUAAUUAGAUGAAAUAUUUAUUGAAAGAAAAAAUUAAGAAGAGUAAAUUAUGUAAAUUGAACAAUAAUUAAACUAAAUAACUUAAUUAGCAGAAUAAAAAAUUACAGAGUUAGAUCCUGAUUAGAGAUAAGAAUAUGAUAAUUUGGUAAAAGAAAAUAGAUAGUUAAAUUAAGAAAUAAAUAUGUAGAGAUAGAUUUUGGAUGAACUAAAUAAUAAACUUCUUAAGUUGAAUCUAGAUUAAGAAUGGAUUCUUAAAAAUUAAAAGGGUAAUAUUUAAAAGAAUAAAUUAUUGAACUUUCAAGAGAAAAAAGAAGACUUUGAAAUGCAAUUAAAUGAAGCUAAUCUUAGCUUUCCUGAAGCAAGAGAUAGAUUAUUAAAUAGAGUAAAAGAAGAUAAUGCUUUAACUACAUAAACUGACAAAAGAAUAAAAGAAAUUUAAAAAAAUAUUGAUAAUUAUGAAAAAAAAAAUAAGAGAGUUGAAUUAAGAAUUAUCUUCUAGCACUGA